AUGGUCCCCUGGGAGUGGGGUUCAGCUCGUGGUCCCCUGGGUGUGGGGUUCAGCUUGUGGUCCCCUGGGAGUGGGGUUCAGCUCGUGGUCCCCUGGGUGUGGGGUUCAGCUCGUGGUCCCCUGGGUGUGGGGUUCAGCUCGUGGUCCCCUGGGAGUGGGGUUCAGCUCGUGGUCCCCUGGGUGUGGGGUUCAGCUUGUGGUCCCCUGGGAGUGGGGUUCAGCUUGUGGUCCCCUGGGAGUGGGGUUCAGCUCGUGGUCCCCUGGGUGUGGGCUUCAGCUCGUGGUCCCCUGGGAGUGGGGUUCAUCUUGUGGUCCCCUGGGAGUGGGGUUCAGCUUGUGGUCCCCUGGGAGUGGGGUUCAGCUCGUGGACCCCUGGGUGUGGGGUUCAGCACGUGGUCCCCUGGGAGUGGGGUUCAGCUCGUGGUCCCCUGGGUGUGGGGUUCAGCUCGUGGUCCCCUGGGAGUGGGGUUCAGCUCGUGGUCCCCUGGGUGUGGGGUUCAGCUCGUGGUCCCCUGGGUGUGGGGUUCAGCUUGUGGUCCCCUGGGAGUGGGGUUCAGCUCGUGGACCCCUGGGUGUGGGGUUCAGCGCGUGGUCCCCUGGGAGUGGGGUUCAGCUCGUGGUCCCCUGGGUGUGGGGUUCAGCACGUGGUCCCCUGGGUGUGGGGUUCAGCUCGUGGUCCCCUGGGAGUGGGGUUCAGCUCGUGGUCCCCUGGGUGUGGGGUUCAGCACGUGGUCCCCUGGGAGUGGGGUUCAGCUUGUGGUCCCCUGGGAGUGGGGUUCAGCUUGUGGUCCCCUGGGAGUGGGGUUCAGCUCGUGGACCCCUGGGUGUGGGGUUCAGCACGUGGUCCCCUGGGAGUGGGGUUCAGCUCGUGGUCCCCUGGGUGUGGGGUUCAGCUCGUGGUCCCCUGGGUGUGGGGUUCAGCUCGUGGUCCCCUGGGAGUGGGGUUCAGCUCGUGGUCCCCUGGGUGUGGGGUUCAGCUCGUGGUCCCCUGGGUGUGGGGUUCAGCUUGUGGUCCCCUGGGAGUGGGGUUCAGCUCGUGGACCCCUGGGUGUGGGGUUCAGCACGUGGUCCCCUGGGAGUGGGGUUCAGCUCGUGGUCCCCUGGGUGUGGGGUUCAGCACGUGGUCCCCUGGGUGUGGGGUUCAGCUCGUGGUCCCCUGGGAGUGGGGUUCAGCUCGUGGUCCCCUGGGUGUGGGGUUCAGCACGUGGUCCCCUGGGAGUGGGGUUCAGCUUGUGGUCCCCUGGGUAUCGGGUUCAGCUUGUGGUCCCCUGGGUGUCGGGUUCAGCUUGUGGUCCCCUGGGUGUGGGGUUCAGCUCGUGGUCCCCUGGGUGUGGGGUUCAGCUCGUGGUCCCCUGGGUGUGGGGUUCAGCUCGUGGUCCCCUGGGUGUGGGGUUCAGCUCGUGGUCCCCUGGGUGUGGGGCUCAACUCGUGGUCCCUUGGGAGUGGGGUUCAGAUCGUGGUCCCCUAGGAGUGGCGUUUUAUAUUGUGUUGUUUCUAGUCCCCUACUACCGGUGUGACCCUGUAUACCAUCUUGUAUUGGCCACUGGGAUCACAACUUUGUAUUGGCCACUGUGA